UCCCUACAGUCUAUUCUCCACACAGCAGCCAGAAGGACCAUUUUAAGAUGAGUCAGACCAUGCCAUCAUCAUCAUCAUCAUUAUCAUUAUUAUUUCUAAGAACCUUCAAGUGACUUCUCUUUCACUUAGAGGAAAAACCAAAGUCCUUUUAAUGGCCUGUUGACCCUACACAGUUUGCUUACUCUACUGUUCUUGAUCAUCAUGUUCAUUCCUGCCUCAGGACCUUAUCCCUUGCUGUUCCUUCACCAUGGGGUUCCCUAACAGAAGUUGGCUCUGGAGUGUGGUGAGUCCUCAGAGGAGACCUCAGAUAGCAGGAGCCAUGGCCUCUGACCUGGACUUCUCACCUCCUGAGGUGCCUGAGCCCACAUUCCUGGAGAACCUGCUACGGUAUGGACUCUUCCUGGGGGCCAUCUUCCAGCUCAUCUGUGUGCUGGCCAUCAUCAUACCUGUUCCCAAGUCCCACGAGGCGGAGACAGAACCAUCUGAGCCCAGAAGUGGGGAAGUGAGGAAGCCCAAGGCUGCUGCUCCUUCUACAAACAAGAGGCCCAAGAAGGAGGCCAAGAAGAAGCGUUAGAAGACGAGGCCUGUGGAGCCGGAUGGGAGGGGCAAGGGCCUUGAAGGCGGCCCUCUGGGGACUCAGCGUCCUGUUCCCUCGCUCCGUCCAGGCUCAGAGAUCUGGACAAUCAUGACAGUCCCAGGUCCCAGCUCGGCAGACCACCACUUCCUCUUCCUCCUGCUUCCUUGGUGGUUUAGAGUCAAGGAGACUAAAAUACCCAGUGAGCAGAGACUGUUUGAGAAGUCUGUUCACAAGUCCGGUCAGAUUAUGUUUUCAACUUAAUCAUGGAGCCUGGCCUUUAGUUACCCACCUUGUGGAUUUACACUACGUUUCAGAGCCAUUAGCUAAUGCUGACAAGCACCGCCCUCUCCCAUUAUUUGUGCACCACAGACCUGCUAAUCAGUCACCUUUGUCUCUUCCGCUUGUGCAGGUGGAGCCAGGCCUCACCUGUUUUGUUUAGGUCAAGACACCAUGGCCAGUGUAGUGCUAUGGCCAGGUCUGAAAACUGCCUGGUGUGAGAGCCAGCAGAAGACCCAGGUCAGGGUAAUGCCUGGUUCUCCUCCCGCAGAUGGAAGAGGUUUGGGUGAAUGAGUGUGUGUUUCUUGGGCCCAAUUUUCUGAGUCUCUGAAAAGGGGGGGGCGGGGGGUGUGCCUGUCACUCUCAGACCAAAGUCUUUUCAUCCUAUCAUAGCACAUUCAAGGUGAGCCUUUUGGCUUCCACCUCUACAAUAUCCCAUGUCUCUCUUCCCUAAGCCCCCAAUUCUUUCAUUCCCUGACCAGUGUGGAAAAGUUUUGGGGGGAAGUAAAUGUGAAUAAACUGGCCUGCAUGCUGAA